UAUAAACAUGUGACUUUUACUUUGAGCUGCAGCAUGUAUCCCCACAGUCCUCCGCCGAUGGGGCGCCGACCACGCAAUCCCUACAAUGGCCAUUUGCCCUUACCCCCGGUGCAUCCUCAACACAACCCACGAAGGCUGGCCGGUGCUCAGCUUGAUGUCAUUAACAGCUUCCUCUCUCCCCAACCCCAGUUGGUUGGCCCUACGACGUUGCCCUUAUAUCACUGGAAACCCACACUGCCCAGCUCUCCACUCCCUGGUCCUCACAAAUUGAAUAUGCCCAACAGGCGGAAGAGGCGCAAUGACAGCUACAGUUCCAAUGGAUUGAAGCGCCAGCGCCUUGACUCCUCCCCUCAACAACAAAAAGACAGUCCUCUCAUUCAAACCCCUCUGCCCCUACACCGUCCUGACCAAGAGGUUGCAGGGACAUCACGGAUGACCCCGUCCAGUUCUAAUAAUUUCCACUCCAGCCCCCAACCCUACCUGCCGUCACACACUAUUCCAGGAAGCACAAGCAAUCUGCAGACCUAUGCAAAGGACAAGUUAAGUGUUCAGAUGGUCGAGCUAUUUGAAGCAUGCCAACAACAAGCUUCCGAUUUGCUCCGGAAAGAGACAUGCAGGUCCCAGCUACAAAGAGACAUACAGAAUAUCUUUCCAAUGGCCCGUCUUUACUUGACUGGUUCUUCUAUGAAUGGAUUGGGCUGCAGGACAAGUGAUGCUGAUCUGUGUCUGGUCGUGGUGGGAUCUAUGAAUCGGUUUCCGGAUGCCAUUUACAUACUCACUGUACUUCAAAAACUGUUCAAAUCACUGUCAUACCUAGAGAAGAUACAGCUGAUCAGAGCCAAGGUCCCUAUCCUCAGAUUCAAAGAGCGAGGCAGUGGUCUGGAGUUUGAUCUUAAUAUCAACAACACGGUGGGCAUCAGAAACACGUUCCUCUUAAAGAGUUAUGCGUAUGCGGACCUCAGGACAAGACCCAUCAUCCUCGUUAUCAAAAAAUGGGCACGGUACCAAGACAUCAAUGACGCCAGCAAAGGAACACUUAGCAGCUACACACUUGUGUUGAUGGUGCUUCACUACCUCCAAACUCUUAAAAUUCCUGUCCUCCCAUCUCUUCAGAAGGACUAUCCAGAGUGUUUCAAUCCUUCAAUGGAGAUUGACAUGGUUCCAGAGGGACCCAGACACAUCCCCCGCUACAUCUCUCGAAACCAGUCUUCUCUGGGAGAACUCCUUCUGGGCUUCUUCAAGUACUACAGCACAGUUUUCAGGUGGGAUUCGCAGGUGAUCUCUGUGCGAGAGGCCAAGGCUCUGCCAAAGACCAAUUCUCGGGAGUGGAGAGACAAAUUCAUUUGUGUAGAGGAGCCGUUUGAACGAAAUAACGUUGCCAGAGCAGUCCAUGAGAAGGUCAAGUUUGAUGCCAUUAAAGCUCAGUUUGCUGAGUCAUGGAGGAUACUACAGCAGAGAAAGGACCUGAACUCUAUCCUCCCUGUCAGAGCCAUCAUUAACAAAGAGUCAUCCAAGAGAUAAGGGAUUUCUCUAAUUAGUGGAGCGGACUACAGUCUCAUGCCUGAAAAUAGGACUCUCCCCAGAGAUAAUGAGACACCUGGAGUCAUGCUGAGGGGAAUGCCCAGCAACUCUUGGCCUCACAGACAGAAGGACUUGGAAUCUAAUCUGUUAUAUUCUCCUGAGAUUCUUGUUCACACAAGCCCUACAUAAAAUCCAUGACAUCCUAAAAAUUUUACAUUCACUGUCAGGGUUUCCUCCUUGUUUGCCAGUUCUAUGUUGUUGUUGUUGAUUAUAUAGUAACAGAAACUAGAAAAAAAAGACUUGUGCAGUGACACCAGAGGACCAGAAAAUCAAAAUCACAUUGCUACUAGAAGCUGAUUACUGGAACCCAGUGCGCUGUUGGUAGAAAACUGCAUGGUCAACUAAAACAGCCCCAACAUCCAGACCAUGACCAGCCCCAUCACACACCGCAUUCCUGCCAACAAGUAAUAAUAAAUGUUAGUAUCCCAAGAGACAAAAUAAUUCUAACUCGAGCUAGACACAGCCACUUCAAAAGUCAACAGCAUGGUCAGUGUUUCGUACAAUAGUUGUAAUAGCCUCAGCUAAGGUUAUGCCUUCUGAUCUCCAAUCUAUGUCAAUAUAUAGUUGACUAAUUCCCCAUCAGAAAGCCAUAUUGUACAGAUGUUUAAAGAUGCCAUGUUUUUGUUGCCUCGUUUAGUUUAUAUAUUGAUGUAUAUUGUUUUAUAUACAUUUACUUUGCCUCUUUUUUUUCGGGCUGCACUGGACAUGUCAUACUUUGUGUUUGUUUCAAAAUCAUUCUUGAUCUGAUUCAUAUUUGGGAAAGGUUUGGUCAAUUUGUUGAUGUUGGUAAGUGCAAGACUACAAAGAGACUUGGUUGUGAUUCCCUUGUAUUAGUCCAGGUAUAUUUGGUUUGUAUUUUUCCUUGGCUCAUUUUGUACAUUUUGCACAAUACUCUUAGAUGCUUGUUUAAAGGAUUAAAUUUCUGAAGCUGUGUGAUUAGGUUUUUAAUUUUUACUUUAUUUCAACCUUGACAACCACCAUCAUGCUGAGUUGUUAGUCUCAAUAUGAAACAUAGCAUGCUCUUAGGUAAAGCUAACAUACACAAAAUGACUCUGAUGGUGAUAGGUAUUUUCACUAAAAGCUGUCAUCCACAACAAAAUGCAUUGGAGAAGGUGUUUUGUUUUUUGUUUUGUUUUUUUGUUGUUUUUUUGGCAUUUAAUUUUCAGAUUGAAGGUCAUUUCCAAGGAGUCAUAUCAUUGGUCUAAUGGUGUUAUUCUGGCUAUUCUGAUAAAUUUUGAGCAAAGGAUAACUUAUUGUUAUCAACAGCAACCACUUGAACUGACGAUUACCUUUUUCCAUCGGAUCACCUCAAAAUUCCCUUUUUGUUAGUACUGUUUACAGAAUUGCCAUUGGUCUAGACAUGAAUGUCGUUGAGUUUGGUAUCUGAAAAGCUUUUGUGAAAGGCCUACCUCAAGGUAAUUUCAUCUCAUUUGAGUAUUUGGUUUUGUAAUAAAUGAUAACGUCUUUCUAUAGACCAAAC